AUGGCAAGGAAAGGGAAAGAAGUGUUGAACGCUUUAGAUGCGGCCAAAACGCAGAUGUACCAUUUCACAGCGAUCGUAAUCGCUGGUAUGGGUUUUUUCACUGAUGCUUACGAUCUCUUUAGCAUCUCUCUAGUUACCAAGCUCCUCGGCCGCAUAUACUACCAUGUAAAUGGCUCCAAGAAGCCUGGAACGCUCCCUCCAAACGUUGCAGCCGCUGUUAACGGUGUCGCCUUCUGCGGUACCCUCGCUGGUCAGCUCUUCUUUGGCUGGCUCGGUGACAAGCUUGGCCGCAAGAAAGUUUACGCCGCUGUUAACGGUGUCGCCUUCUGCGGUACCCUCGCUGGUCAGCUCUUCUUUGGCUGGCUCGGUGACAAGCUUGGCCGCAAGAAAGUUUACGGUAUUACUUUGAUGGUCAUGGUACUAUGUUCGCUCGGGUCGGGUCUAUCAUUCGGUCACUCGGCAAACGGAGUAAUGGCCACACUCUGUUUCUUCCGUUUCUGGCUCGGUUUCGGCAUAGGCGGCGACUAUCCUCUCUCGGCCACCAUCAUGUCUGAGUACGCCAACAAGAAGACACGUGGCGCUUUCAUAGCCGCCGUUUUCGCCAUGCAAGGCUUCGGGAUCUUGGCCGGAGGAUUUGUGUCUCUCAUUGUCUCGAGCGCGUUUGACCACGCGUUUGAUGCACCGACCUACGAGGUUGAUCCCGUGGGGUCCACUGUUCCUCAGGCGGAUUACGUGUGGCGGAUUGUGCUCAUGUUUGGAGCUAUUCCGGCGUUAAUUACUUAUUAUUGGCGGAUGAAGAUGCCUGAAACCGCUCGGUAUACCGCUCUUGUUGCCCGGAAUACUAAACAAGCCGCCGCUGAUAUGUCUAAGGUGCUUGAAGUGGAUAUAAUAGCGGAAGAAGAAGCACAGUCGAAUCCAUCAUCAUCAAACCCUAAUUCCUUCGGUUUAUUCUCCAGAGAAUUCGCUCGCCGUCACGGUCUCCACCUCGUCGGCACCGCCACGACGUGGUUCCUCCUCGACAUCGCCUAUUACAGCAGCAACCUCUUCCAAAAGGACAUUUACAGCGCCAUCGGAUGGAUCCCCGCCGCCGAAACCAUGAACGCGAUCCACGAAGUCUUCACCGUCUCCAGAGCUCAAACCUUAAUCGCUCUCUGCGGCACCGUCCCUGGUUACUGGUUCACCGUCGCAUUCAUCGAUUACCUCGGCCGAUUCUUCAUCCAAUUAAUGGGAUUCAUCUUCAUGACCGCAUUUAUGUUCGCUCUCGCGAUCCCUUAUGAUCACUGGAGGCACAGAGACAAUCGAAUUGGGUUCUUAAUCAUGUAUUCGCUGACGAUGUUCUUCGCGAACUUUGGACCUAAUGCGACGACGUUUGUUGUCCCCGCUGAGAUUUUCCCGGCGAGGCUUAGAUCGACUUGUCACGGGAUAUCGGCGGCGUCUGGUAAAGCGGGAGCGAUCGUCGGAGCUUUUGGGUUUCUUUACGCGGCGCAGAGCAGUGAUCCGGAGAAGACCGACGCUGGUUAUCCGCCGGGAAUCGGAGUGAGGAAUUCGCUGUUGAUGCUUGGAGGUGUUAAUUUCUUGGGGAUAGUUUUCACUCUGUUGGUUCCGGAAUCGAAAGGGAAGUCUCUGGAGGAGCUUUCGAGAGAAGAUGAGGAACAAACCGGUGAUGCGACGGAGAUGACCGUAGUGAAUUCCGGUCGAACAGUCCCGGUUUGA